AGUUCUCUCUAGAAAUAAAAGGCAAUGGAGAAAAUGAUGGUGAAAUUAUGUGUGUUGACUUUUUUCUUGCUAGCUACUUCUGUCCCUUCACUGAUGGCUGAUAUGAACGAUGACAAGGAAGACAAUGGGUUGUUGGUAUUGCCAAGUCAAACUAAGCUUGAGAAGGAAGUCAUACCAGCCGCUCUUAGCCAACUAUUUUUCACUCGUUAUGGUCAAGCAUAUUUGAAGAGGUUAGGGUUUUGUCUGAAUGUAAGGGUGUGCCAUUCUGAUGCGGAUUGUGAGGAUGCAAUAUGCGGACCUAAAUGUCAUUCAGACAUAGCUCUGGGACAUAUUUGUGGACAACACUCAUAAUCAAGUGACAAAUAAAAAUAGCUGGCCUGAUGAUAUUUCCAAUGUUAGUUUUACCCUGUUUCUGUAUUUCUCUAAUAAAAGUCGUGUGAUCGAUCUAUUUAGGCCAUAGAUGAACUACGUACAUCUUUAGUAUCUUUGGCCGAUAGGGCUUUCACAUUUCCGGUUGUACUUUUAUGGGGUGCAUGUGUUUGCAUCUUUUGAAUUGUCUUUCUUUAAUUUCGUGUCAAACUUGUGUCUUUGAUCAAAUAAAAGUGCGUGAUUAAAUGUCAUGAAUUCUAGCUAUUUAAUAAAUUGAUAUUAUAAUGAAAUCCAAAUAUAUUCGAGUCUAUCAUGCAUGUAAUAACGCAUGUUAAUAUUAAUUGUGUGACAUUUUAC